AUGUCAUCUUCAAAUACCAAGGUAUUACCAACUACAUCUUCACAAUGUCAAGCUAUUACACACUACAUCUUCACAAUGUCAAACUAUUACAAACUACUUCUUCACAAUGUCAAGCUAUUACAAACUUCAUCCUCACAAUGUCAAACUAUUACAAACUUCAUCUUCACAAUGUCAAGCUAUUACAAACUUCAUCCUCACAAUGUCAAACUAUUACCAACUACUUCUUCACAAUGUCGAGCUAUUACAGACUUCAUCUUCACAGUGUCAAGCUAUUACAAACUUCAUCUUCAUAAUGUUAGGUCAUUACAAGCUAUAUCUUCACAAUGUCAAGCUAUUACAAACUUCAUCUUCACAAUGUCAAGCUAUUACAAACUUCAUCUUCACAAUGUCAAGCUAUUACCAACUUCAUCUUCACAAUGUCAAGUUAUUACAAACUUCAUCUUCACAAUGUUAAGUCAUUACAAACUAUAUCUUCACAAUGUCAAGCUAUUACACACUUCAUCUUCACAAUGUCAAGCUAUUACAAACUUCAUCUUCACAAUGUCAAGCUAUUACAAACUUCAUCUUCACAAUGUCAAGCUAUUACAAACUAUAUCUUCACAAUGUCAAGCUAUUACAAACUUCAUCUUCACAAUGUCAAGCUAUUACCAACUACAUCUUUACAAUGUCGAGCUAUUACAAACUUCAUCUUCACAAUGUCAAGCUAUUACCAACUUCAUCUUCACAAUGUCAUGCUAUUACAAACUUCACCUUCACAAUGUCAUGCUAUUACAAACUUCACCUUCACAAUGUCGAGCUAUUACAAACUUCAUCUUCACAAUGUCGAGCUAUUACUUACUUCAUCUUCACAAUGUCAAGCUAUUACAAACUUCAUCUUCACAAUGUCAAGCUAUUACUAACUUCAUCUUCACAAUGUCGAGCUAUUACAAACUUCAUCUUCACAAUGUCAAGCUAUUACUAACUUCAUCUUCACAAUGUCAAGCUAUUACAAACUUCAUCUUCACAAUGUCAAGCUAUUACUAA